UUUGACUGCGAACUAUAGAUUGGAAGCUUGACAAGCUAGGCUGAAUCAGAGUGAGAGAAUGAAACGGACCUAGCGGCACUCUCUAGGAUCCCGCCAAAAUAAAUGGCGUCGAAUCUGACCUAAUCUUACAAGACGAUUCAUGAGGAAUAAUCCACCAAGCAGGUUAUUCAGAUACCGGUUCCAGUGAGCUUCUUGUCUGAGAAGGACUUCGUGGUUGACGUAACACGAUGACGAGGAUGACAUCGAAGGCUUGGAUGAUCGGUGUAGUGAUGACGGUGAUGGUGGUAAUUGAUGAGAGCACUUCCCUGGACACUCAAAGUACAAUCGGAAAUGAUUUCGUAUUCGGGGUACCGUCAGCCUACAUAUAUCGACAUCUUUAUUCCAAACGUGUCUUUCUCUCUUCACAAAGAGGUGAAACCGUCAAUGCCACAGUUGUCACUUCUGGAAGCAACUUCCGACACGAUGUAAGUGUACCUGGCGAUCGUGAAAUAAGUGUAGAUCUACCAAGGUCCCUCACCUCUCGAGGUACUGGUUUGAAACAGAAUGUUGUAGGCAUAAGAUCCGAUGGUGACUUGAGUGUUCACGUCCAAAUAGAAGCACGUGUAAACUCGGGAGCCUUUACCCCUCUCCCCACCAGAAGUCUUGGAAACGAUUACAUCGUCGGUAUCUAUGAGCCAACGAAACUGAAGUUCACCAAAUACAAAGCAGGCUUCACCGUGACUGCAACCGAAGCUGGUGCUCGAAUACAAAUCAGGUUUAGUCAGUCAGUAGCUUUUGGUCACGUCUACUAUGGUCCCAAUGAUGUAUUUAAGUUUCAGCUUGAGGCAUAUGAGUCCUUUCAGAUAAUGAGCGACAAGGACUUGACUGGCUCAAGAAUAAAGUCGGACAAACCUGUGGCAGUUGUGGCUGGAAGCGAGUGUUCGCGAGUCCCUAAGGGAGACAAGUAUUGCGACUAUCUGGUGGAGCAAAUGCCACCGGUACAUACCCUCGGGAAGCAGUUCAUCGUGGCACCGUUUAGGGACAGGGAAAGUAGCUUUGUUCUACGGAUCAUCGCCCCUUUCAACGGAACCACAGUUCUGUUUUCAUCUCCGCAUGCAGAUGAUAUCAAUCUCGACGAGAAUCAGUACCAUGAAUUUAUCUUUACACAUCAUGAUGUGCUAUCCUUCCGAUCAACUAAACCAGUCCUAGUUCUACAGUUCAUGAAAGGUUUCGCGAAAGAUUACGUCGGGGAUCCAUCUAUGGUCAUCAUCCCACCAGUAGAGCAAUUCAUCGUCGGGGAGUUGUCUCUCACAUCCAUGGACAAUGACCACGUCACCGUGGUGGUUUCUAAUUCUAACGCCGGGUUAUCAGGACUCCGGCUAAACGGUCGUCAUGUUGGUUCGGUUUCUCCAAGCUGGAGUGUCAUAGCAGAGAAUGAUAUGUCAGGGGUGUUUCAAGGAACCUUAAGAUCGGGUGGGCAUACCAUUGCCCACACUGAUCCUCAAGCAAGGCUGUUGGUGAUUGGUUAUGGUACUGGUUACCUGAGCGGUCGAGCGUUCCCAGUGGCGUAUAACCUGAAACGUUUGUAUGUCCCGAGUCCAGAAGCGUUGUACAUCCCUCCAACAGGUUAUCAAGUGCAAUGUUUCAAUACCUCAAUGUCGAUCACGCUGGAUCCAUCGGUGUUCCUCGUCCAUGAUCCUGAUCACGUGACCCUCAAUGACCCCUCCUGUCAACCAAUCUUCACCCAGGAAGGUUUCCUCGUUCUUAGCACACCAUUCGAUUCAUGUGACACUCGAGUACAGGAACAAGGGGACACUGUCGCAUUCACCAACACCGUCUGGUUCGCCGAGUCCGUCAUCACCCCCGUUUCUCCCCUCCAAGAAUUACAAUUCAAAUGCGAAUCAGACCAGGCAGGCAUUGGCAUCUCACCGCUCACCGGCGGUCAGCGGCAACCAAGCAGUCUGGUCUUGUCCGAUGCAGUCCUAGGUGACCUCUCCGUCAGUCUGGUCCAGUACUUGGGUGAUACCUUCGGAUCGACCACAGGAAAUUCCUCGUCAGGGACAGACCUCUGGGGCACGUGGAAUCAAGGGGCUCAGUCAGGACAGAACGUCUUUGCGGUUAAUGUGACAUCUUCAGUAGAUGCCAGCGUGUUCGUUGAUUCUUGCUGGACUACACCAGGACCGGAAGCUCAAGAUCAAGAGAGUACUGCCCCUCUCAUCAAAGAUGGCUGUGAGAUUGAUGAUACCAUUCACAUAGGAGCUUCAGCGGAUGAUCCAAGAUUCAGGCCGAUAGCGAUCGAUUCUUUCAGUGCAAUUGGGGAGUACAAUGAGGUAUUCAUGCACUGUCGUGUCCAGGUGUGCCGUGGCCAGGACUCUGCAUCUCACUGCUGGCAAGAAUGCAGACGAGAACCUCGUAAAAGAUGAGAUAUCCGUGGAAUACGAGAAAUGGUUAUCGUUUCAACUGGACCAAUCAAGACCAAAUAAUUUUCUUAAUUAUCCUUUAAUUACUGCCAGAUUAUUAGUCAUAUUGGGGAUUGAUUUCAUUGAGACAGGAUGCUUAACCAACAUGAUUGGCGCCAUUAUCUGGGGCCCCAUUGCGUAAAGUUACAACCAGGGGCAGAUCCAGGAUUUUCCAGAAGGGGGGGGGGGCACUGUUCUCCCGGGGAAAAUUUGACAGGCACAACAAAGGUUCUGAUUUGUGUAUGAACAACAUAUUUCUAUUAAAAAUACAUGCUGUGACUUUCAAAAGGGUGGGGCACACUUGUGUAAGAACAGAGUAUUUACACUAAAUUUUUUAUUAUGGCUCUCAAAGGGGGGGGGGGGCAUGGGCUGCAUGUGCCCACCCUCUUCCCUGGAUCCCCCACUGGUUACAACUAUGGUAACUUUGCCAUUAUGACAAUUACCACCACGGCAACCUUGAUUGUGAUUGACUGCUGAAUGCUGUAAUCAUGGUAAUUGCCAUAAUGGCAAAAUUACAAUUACAGUUGUAAUGCUUUAUGGAAUGGGCCCCUGGUGUCUAAGGGUAAAGAUGAAUACCAGAGACCAAAAAUCCCCCUCCCGGUAAAAGAAUACAUGUACUGCAGGCACAGACCCUGACUGAAACUUUAAUCAACACAUGGGCUUUGAGAAAAGUGUAGCACAUCUGAUGCCACAUAAUAUGCUGUUCACCUUAUCCCAUGGUAGAUUUAAAAGCAAGACUACUUUAAUGAGUUUUGACAAAUAUAGUGUCUACAAGCUAGAUUGUGAUUUGGUCAGUGAUAUAAUAGUUCUGAUGAACAUUUGGGUCCGAAUGCCCUUUGUAUCCCUUGUCUUACAGGAAGUUAAUGAAUAGAGGUCUGUUCAGACCAAUUUGAUGGGCAUUAGCCUUAUAUUGACUAUGCUAUAACCACAGUGUCUCUGCUAAGCCAUAGGCCUUAGGUUAUAUCAAGAUAUUUGGGAAUAAAGUGCCAAGUCAUAUGGUAUGAAGGGACUCUGCGAUAAUGGUAU